AUGGAGUACCGAGCUCCUUUAAAGCCUGACGAGGUCGAGGUUAAGGCGGAGGCAUGGCCAGUCAGCUUCCGGGAUAUUUUCAUUCCCCUCGGCCGCCUGGGACGCGAGGAGCUGGGCGUCGAGUGUGCGGGCACCGUAACGCGCGUUGGGUCUGCUUGCACUUCACUUCACCCUGGCGACCGCGUUGUCAUGGCCAUACCCGGAUUUGCCCUGAUCAAUCCAGGCACGACUGCCUACCACGCGCUCGUCAACGUGGCAGGUUUGCAAGCAGGCGAAAAGAUUCUCAUCCACUCGGCAGCGGGUUCGACUGGUCAAUUUGCCGUUGGUGUCGCGAAAAUGCUUGGGGCCGAAGUAUUCGCCACGUUCGGAUACGACGACAAGAAGCAGCUUCUCAUGGAUCGCUUUGGUGUCAAGCGAGUCACGAAUGGAUAUGGCGUUGACGUUGUCCUGAAUUCCCUUUCAGGAGAUGGUUUGCGUGCCAGCUGGGAAUGUAUCACAUCGUUUGGGCGGUUUGUAGAAAUCGGCAAGGCAGAUAUCGGUGCAAACACACCGCUGCCCAUGGGCAGCUUUGCCGCGGUUGAUCUGAUUCACAUCACGCUGGCAAACCCGCGACUACUCCGUCGGUUGACGGGCAAGGUCCUCGAGCUCGCAACUAGUCCAGAGUUUCUAGGUAGAAAAGGCAUUUCGAUACAUGCAAAGCGGCAAAAACACGAGUCGUAUUAUCGUCAAUUAGAAGGCACAGACAUUGUACCCAAGUUCAUUACUCGUCGGUGCACCUGGCAAUUCGACGAAAAUGCAUCGUAUCUUGUCGCCGGCGGCCUAGGUGGCCUGGGUCGUCCCCUCAUCAGAUGGAUGGCGGAAAAGGGCGUGAGGGUGCUGACACCACGCUGCGACGUGUCGUCGGCCUCCGGACUCGCUACGAUGCUCAACGAUUUGACCAGCGCGACAGGCACCGUGCCACCGAUCAAAGGCUGCAUCCACGCGGCCAUGAAAAUGUCGUAUCCGCAAUGGUCGCGUACGAUACAGUCCAAGGUGAGCACGAGCUGGAACUUGCAUGAGCUCCUCCCUGACCUGGACUUUUUCAUCAUGUUGGCAUCCAUCGUCGGAAUUUACGGUUCUCCGGGACAAGGCACCUACGCGGCGGGUUGCGCGUUCUAG